AUGGCUUUUUCAAAAAAGGCAUAUUUCGUGCUAAAAAGUAUUGGAUUGAGUUGGAACCUCUUUCUAGGAGUAUCUGAAGACAUAGACGAAGUCAUUGCUCAGAUAAAGGUGACCUGUGAGGAUAUUUCUUGUUUCUAUAUCACUGGUCACGGUGUGGAUACAUCCUUCAUGGCUGAUAUCAUGAAGUGUGGUCAAGAGUUUUUUAACCUGCCAAUGGCCGAGAAGUUGAGCAUCAACUUGAAGAAAAGUCCUGCAUACCGUGGCCCAGAUCCCGCCUCUCAUGACACUGAAACAGCAGCCUGGGAACCUAUGAUAGGACCUAAUCAGUUCCCAGACGACAAAAAACUACCCGGAUUUGCCACAACCAUCGAAGCUUAUAUGGAUAACAUGUCCUCGGUGGGACAUGCUAUGAUGAAAGGCCUUGCUCUUGGUCUAAAGCUAAAUGAUGAUUACUUCCAUGACAAAUUCAACCCAGCUUUUCCGAUGAUGGCUCUGUGGCAUUACCCACCUGUCCCUGGAGACAUAGACUCAUGGGGGGUGGGACCUUACACAGAUUAUGGAGUGCUUACUUUACUGAUGCAGGAUGGCGUGGGAGGUCUGCAGGUAGAGACAAGAUGUGGAGACUGGAUCGAUAUUCCUCCCAUUACAGGUAGUUAUUCAGCCAUUCAUUCUAUAGGAACUUUUGUGGUCAACAUUGGUGACGUCAUAGAGGCGUGGACAAAAGGAAAACUCCGUGCCACAGUGCACCGAGUCAGAAAUUCGACUAGAGAUCAUCGAAUAUCCGCGCCUUUCUUUUUCCACCCGGGUCUUGACUGCAUCAUCGAGUCACUUGAUGACGUUUUUGGUAUAGACCGUUGCCCUGAAGACCUUGGUAAAACUGCACACAUUGUGCUCUCGCUUCAUGAGCCUUUUACAUUUGGGGAUUAUGUGUUGAAUAAGUUUCAGAAAUCGUAUGGGAAGGAAAUGUCAGUCAUUAAUUAG